AUGCAGUAUUUUGGUGAACAAUCUCGGUUGAUUGCAACCCAGCAGUCACUCCCGACCGUGGGGAAGCUUGCGCUCAGGUGCAAGUCGACAAUCCACGUCAAACGCCACCAGGUGACCGUCGAAUCUGUCCAGUAUGUCGACGAGGCGUUUAGUCUUUAUGGUCAGUUGCGAGGUGACUGGUUACCCAGCCGCUUCCGUAAACCGAGUCUUUGCGAGUUCGUAGGCGGAGUUGUAAAGGAGAUGGGUAGUAGUGUCAAGUCCAGUGAUUUGGAGAUGCGGGGAUGUGCUACUGCCAUUCCUCUACUCCCACCCACGUUAAGGCAUUCCUUCUCCAACUCCAUCAACCACCGCAACAUCCGCCAGCGUCCAGCGCUCCGGUUGCGCAUCAAACGGCCGUCUCAGCAAUCCUUCUACGAUAAGCGAAUUAAUCGGUGUCAGUCUAGCGGCCUAGCGGCGCACCGGUAG